CCCAUCUUCAAGCAAGGCGGAGCUGGAGCUUCGGUUGCUGCCGCUGCCGCCUCCGUCGUCGCCACCGCCUCUAAGGCGCCAAGAGCAAGGAAGCCUUCAGCGGCUCCGGCGCUGCUUCUGAGGGGACAACAAGGCUGUGUGUGUUGCAGCUAGCCGUUGUCGUCGUCCCCGGUAGCGCCCAGAGCCGCGGGAGAAGUGACAAGAAGAGCUACAAAGGAGCGCCGGCGGCGGAGCCUGCGCUGCCAGCGGAGUCGCCAUGAGCUGGGGCACGGAGCUGUGGGAUCAGUUUGAUAAUUUAGACAAGCACACACAGUGGGGCAUUGACUUCCUGGAAAAAUAUGCAAAAUUUGUUAAAGAAAGGAUAGAGAUCGAACAGAAUUAUGCAAAGCAACUGAGAAAUCUGGUGAAGAAGUACUGUCCUAAACGUUCAUCCAAAGAUGAAGAGCCCAGGUUUACCUCAUGUAUAGCCUUUUAUAAUAUCCUUAAUGAGUUAAAUGACUACGCAGGACAGCGAGAAGUAGUAGCAGAAGAACUGGGACAUAGGGUAUAUGGAGAACUGAUGAGAUAUUCCCACGAUCUCAAAACAGAAAGAAAAAUGCACCUUCAAGAGGGCCGAAAAGCUCAGCAGUAUCUUGAGAUGUGUUGGAAGCAGAUGGAUAAUAGCAAAAAGAAAUUUGAGCGAGAGUGCAGAGAAGCAGAAAAAGCACAGCAGUGUUAUGAGAGACUGGACAAUGAUACCAAUGCUACUAAAGCGGAUGUUGAGAAAGCAAAGCAGCAAUUAAACCUGCGUACACAUAUGGCUGAUGAAAACAAAAAUGAAUAUGCUGCACAACUGCAAAAUUUCAAUGGUGAACAGCACAAGCAUUUCUAUAUUGUUAUUCCUCAAAUUUACAAGCAUCUUCAAGAAAUGGAUGAAAGAAGGACCAUUAAACUUAGUGAAUGUUACAAGGGAUUUGCAGAUUCUGAGCGCAAAGUUAUUCCAAUAGUCUCAAAAUGUUUAGAAGGCAUGAUUACUGCAGCAAAAUCAGUUGAUGAAUGCAGGGACUCUCAAAUAGUAAUAGACUCCUUCAAGUCUGGUUUUGAACCUCCUGGAGACUUUCCGUUUGAAGAUUACAGUCAGCAUAUUUACAGAACUGUUUCUGAUGGAACAAUCAGUACACCAAAGCAAGAAGGGAUGAAAAUUGAUGCAAAAACCACUGUGGGCAAGGCUAAGGGCAAACUGUGGCUUUUUGGAAAAAAACCAAAGCCACAGUCCCCACCCCUUACCCCUACUAGUUUAUACACGUCCAGUACUUCUAAUGGUUCCCUGUAUCCCAUAUUCUCCAUUGAACAAGUGCAUUAUUGCAUGAAUGAAAUAAAAACAGGGAAGCCCAGAAUUCCUUCUUUCAGAAGUCUCAAAAGAGGGUGGUCGGUGAAGACGGGCCCAGUGCAAGAAGACUUCAGCCACCUGCCACCAGAACAAAGGCGGAAGAAACUACAGCAGCGGAUUGAUGAACUUAACAGAGAACUACAGAAAGAAACAGAUCAAAAAGAUGCACUCAUCAAAAUGAAAGAUGUGUAUGAGAAAAAUCCACAAAUGGGCGAUCCAAGCAGUCUUCAGCCGAAAUUGGCUGAGACUAUGAACAACAUGGACCGUCUCCGAAUGGAAAUUCACAAGAAUGAGGCCUGGCUUUCUGAAGUUGAAGGUAAAGUAGCAGCAAGAGGAGACCGAAGACACAGCAGCGACAUCAACCAUCUUGUAACCCAAGGAAGAGAGAGCCCAGAGGGGAGCUACACUGAUGAUGCAAACCAAGAAGUUCGAAGCCCACCACAGCAACAUGGUCCCCAUAAUGAAUUUGAUGAUGAAUUUGAAGAUGAUGAUCCUUUGCCAGCUAUAGGACACUGUAAAGCUAUUUAUCCAUUUGAUGGUCACAAUGAAGGUACCCUAGCAAUGAAAGAAGGGGAGGUUCUGUACAUUAUAGAAGAAGAUAAAGGGGAUGGAUGGACAAGAGCUCGGAGGCAGAAUGGAGAAGAAGGAUAUGUGCCAACUUCCUACAUAGAUGUAACUCUAGAGAAAAGCAGUAAAGGUGCAGUAACCUAUAUCUAACUUCCAGUCCAUCAGCUUACCAGGGAACAUUCUGUAAUGAGUACUGAAGCACACAAACUGGAUGGAAUAGCGUUAGAGCAUUUAGGAGACUUUUCAAUCUAUCAUUCACCAUGUGAGCCCAGCCUGAGAUGUCAGUACUGAAACUGGAAGAACGUCCUCAUUUCAAUUAGUUUGUUCUACAGCUCUGGCCAGUGCCAUGUCUGUCUGUCUGCUCUUUCUGCCAUUAUCUGCUUGACACCUUUUCAAGUAUUCUCUUACAAUCAAUGGUCAGGUCACCAUAUUUUAUUGGUUUUCUUAAUUUUAAUUUUUGUAAAGCCUUCUACUUGCUUGGAGAUAUUUUAAAUGGAUGUUAAUUUUUUUAGAAUGCAUGUUUUAUCACAUUAGUGUAUAUCAUCCCUAGGCAGUCCUUCCUUCACCAAACAAGAACCUCUUCAAAUGUCCAAAUAAAAAGUAAACUCAGUUAAUUGAAACUGGCUGUUCCAGAGAAGUGGGCAAGCAGAUCAACCUUUAUUUUCAUCUUCUGAACAAAAGCCCCUCUUCCCAGUUCCCCUGCCCAUUACUGCAUCAUACAUAUUUUUAAAAAGCAACUUGCCAUCUAGUGCAAUGAGCUCUAGUUCAGAAAACAAAAGAAAACUUUCUGCUGCUGGUGUGCAAGCCGUUGCCUACAUGUAAUGGGAUUUGGGGUGGGGAUGCAUGGCAAUUAAUGUUUACAAACAUCUUUGUUCUGUAAAUAUUUUUGCAGCUUUUAGUUUGGAAAUCAGAUCUGUACUUUCCUGCUCACAGAAAUGAUAAAUUUAGAAAGUAAUUUGGGGAAAGUGCACAGCAAAUCGCAGGGCAUUCGACAGGCUCACAAGUGAGCGGAUCUGUCCCUUUGUGAUUUCUUUCUGCUCGUUAGGGACCUUUAUGUGAAUUAGAAAUGAUUGUUUCUACUUGGAACUGUUGUCAAGGUGUUUUUUCUUCUUCUAAAAUGCAACUGAUGAGCCCCCUUUCUCUUGCACCAACAUUCUUGAAAAAUCUCUCCUGGAAAAAGUCUCUUCCAGAAGUGCAGAGGAAGUUGCAUCCAAAUGACACGUGCACCCUGGUCUCCCAUAAUUGUGGACCACCCCAUUCAUUCCUGUAGAUGGAACAGAUUUGCAUACACAAGGGAGUGUGAAUGCAGAUCAGCUCCCUUCGUUAAAAUAAAUGAGUAACCUGUUGUGAACAGAGGAUCUCUGUGUGCACACUGAAGCUCCCUUGCCUGGAUCAGCAAACAGGGACAAGGUGUUAAGUGUGUGGGAGGAUGUGACUUUAAUCAGAAAGUUCAAAAUGCUUCUACCUUUGCUAGAAUCUGUACAUUUUCACUUGAGCGGGAGGAAGAACCUGAAAGCAAAGUUGCACUAAUUUGCUACUGAAUGAACUGCUCUCUGGAAAGUGCGGUGUGGUGAAAGCUUGAAAAGACUCCGUGCCAUUUUCUAUGCAUAGGGGGAUUUAUCCUCUAGCCAUUUGAGCUGAGUGGUUUUUUUAAAAUGAGUACACUUCUCUCUUUUUAGAGGCUUCUGGUAAUUCUGUUCUUCUCUUUUUUCCUCUUGGACUGCAGGUUCCUGAAGCGGGUUUCUGAGAAAAUGGGCGAGAUGUUGAAGGAGGUUACAUGCAGCUGCUUUUGGGGGGAGGGUGUUAGGCCCAGCAAGAUGGGGAAAAGCCAGUUGCAUGAAGGCAUGCAGGCAUACAUUUCUCACUAACAUCAGCAUUUCUGUGUGUGUUCAAAAUUGUUGUGGUAAACUAAAGUUCCAUUCCAACAGAACCAAACCACCCAAUCUGAAACGCAUCUUUUUCAUAAGUUCUGAAAAAUCCUACUCGCUGUUCACCAGUUGCACUGUAUAUUGGCUGUUUCAGCUGCCUCAUUUUCCAUGCCCAUUUUAAACUGGCAUUCAAUCAAAACCAUGUGAUUGACAGUCUCUGCCUGUGCCACCUCCAUGCUCGCCCUAACCUUCUCUUGCAUGUCUAGGUAUGUGUCAGGCAUGCCUGCCUAAUGUUUUGUGUCUCCAUAGCUCUUCCUCCUCUCUGCAUUUGUAGCAAAUCCACUUUAUGUGUAUCUCCAGCACUAAAGUUUUUAUUUCAGUACCCAUUUAUGCUGCUAUAACUUUUUUUCCCUCCUUCAUUGCGACCAUUGUUACAUUCCAAUUCUUUGGCGUUAUAACUGAUGUGAACUUAACAUACUCAUUUUGAGUUGGGGAAAGAAAUACAUCUCCGCACUAGGCAACUGCAGCCCAUCUUCAGCACCUCAAUAACUUCUCAUGAGCACUGAAAACCUAGGAUAACAGCACAGAUUUUCCACUUCAAGACAAAAUGACUGUUUCCAGAAGUCAAGUGCUUGCCAUUUCAGAUGCUGCCUUAAACUCUCGAGUGCCUAAAUCUGUUGAUUGCCAACACUACCACUUCAGUAUCCCACAAAGGGCUUUGGGUCUCAGCUCCUUCUGACCUCCUGAAUCUUUCUACAAUACUGCAGCUGCUGGUAGCCAUGGUAGAUGUUUUCUAGAGCUCUGCCAUAACACGAUACAUGGUGCAUUGCAAACUUUAUGAAUCAAAAACUAAAUACAUGUAUCAGUUUUUCAUUUUAUGUCUCAUGAAUGUUUUUAAUAGGAUUUUUUAUGGAGCCUUUUUUCAUUGAUUGUCUCUUUAUUUUUAUUUUUUUGCGUUGGCGGGUGGGGGAAGACUCCAGUUUCUAAUUAACUGCAGUGCUAGUCUGUUUCCAAGUGAUGCUUCAUUGUAAGGACCAGUUGAAAAUUGGAGUGAUACUUUGUAAUGAUCUAUGUGCACUUUUACUUGUAAACAUCGAGAUUUGGAAAUGUUUAUACAUGUAAAUAUAGUUGUCUGCAGCACCCCAUAUUGCUCAUGUUUUGUCUGCCAUUUGUGGAUUCUGUUAAUGAAAUCAUCCAACAUCUAAACUAAUUAGGGUAAUCUUAGUAUAUGGGAAGUAGGAAGGGAGGGAGGAAGGGAAGGAAUCAGUUAAGUUUAGCUUCAUUAAACCAGCUUUUUGCUGUUUGUGGUAAUAUUUAAAACAAUCUGCUUUUCUAGGGAUGAGGGUUGAAGCAAUAUUUGGACACAGCAGUGCUGGAUUCCUUUAGGAAUUUUUUUUCAGUGUUAUUAGCAAUUGUACUACCAGUAAAACUAAAUCUGUGUGAUUAUUGUGUGGAAGUUUUCUUCCUUUUAUUAUUAAGUGUGCCACUAUUACACAGAUGACAUAGUGUAUUUACAUUGGAGGUGGUUAAACACUAAAGGUUAGAUUUUUUGGAUAUUGUAAACAGGGUUAUUUAUAUAAUGUGACCUUACUCAUUACUGACAGAACUACAUGAAAUAGCUAUUUGUUUUUUGUUUUUUUUUAAAAAAAGAACAACCUAGUGUUGUUGUUUUUAUUAUUUCAAAGUUAUAUAUAAAGACAAAAUGUUCUCAAUAUUUCGGCAAUGAGCCCUGUGGAUUUUGCCUAAUAACCUCGUGGGCUUCUUUCAACACUUAUAGUAAAGGACUAACUUCUUAAAUGCUACUGUUUUUCUAGGAACAGGAUUUGUUUCCUCAGGAGAAGAUUUUCUUUCUGUGGUAUAAUGAAACCUUUAUGAGGGUUAUUAAAUAUAAGGGGAGGAAAAAAAUCUUUGUACUUGCACAGUUAGCUAAAAUCAUUAUUCUGAAAUUUUGAACAUGAUGAAUUGUCUGUCUUAAAACUUUUUAAUCUUUUGUGCACGUCUUGAUUUUUAAAUGUUUAAAUGCUUUGUUAAAAAAUAGUGGUUCUCUUGAGAAUAUUUUCAUGGAAUUAAACAACCUUUUCAUGGCCCUGAUAA